AUGGCAGCACCAGGAAACACGGCCAAUGGGGUGCUUCUGUUCAUGCCCCCAAACAGUGCCGGCAUCAUCCACCAAGACCAAGGAGUCUCCGGUGCCAUUUCCCAGAAUCCUGAGAUGAUGCAAUGUGGGCCUCAGUUCACAGUCAUGAACCCUGGGAACCAACCUCUUGGGUCAAUGUACCCUGGGAGUCCCGCUGAACAGGUCGUGCAGCUAAGGAAAGUAGGGAUGAUGGAGAUAUUCCUCAAAGCACAGCCCAAGACCCUGGGGGCCAUCCAGAUCUUGAUUGGGCUGAUACACAUCGGCUUUGGAGGUGUCUCUACAAUUUUCAUUAAAUAUAUUUACGUCUCUGGCAUCGUGGGGUACCCAUUCUGGGGAGGAAUUUUU